AUGAAGUUGUCUACAAAACCCAUAUCGAGUCCGAGUCGGACAGAUAAGUACUACCCACCGCCAUUGAUGAGGUUCUUGAGAAGCAAUGUUGGUAGUAGAAGUAGAGGAAGGUCACGUUCAAGUCCAAUGUUUGUCAGAAAGAAGAAUACAACUAUUGAAACUCAGGAACCUUCCUCUCCAAAAGUCACCUGCAUGGGUCAAGUCCGGGUCAGGCGGUCCAAACAAGCCAUUACUCGACCUGGAAAACCUAAAAAACGCAGGUGCAAAUGGAUCCAAACAACCUUACUUUGUCACCACCAUUUCAAUAGGAGGAAACUCAAACUCAAGCCUUUUAUACCUUCUUGGCCCAAAUGGGUACAUUUCUUUCGUGUUGGUAUCAAGAAAAAAACCAAAAUUCGUGAGGACUGUAAUUCUUCAAAAACUGAACCGAAAUACAGUGUCAGAAAUGAAGAUUUUGAGCAAGAAAGCGAAGAAGAAGAAAUGGAACCUAAAGUUUAUGCCUCUACAGCUAUUACACCACCGAGGAAUGCUUUGCUAUUGACUAGAUGCAGAUCUGCACCGUACAGAUCUUCUUCUUUAGCUUGUAGAUUUUGGGGGUCACCUUCGGAGAGUGAAGAAACAGAGCAGAAACAGAGUAGUACGCAGCAAGAAAACAGAGAAAAUGGAAGUCACACAUGGAAAAGAGAGUCUGUUUCUAAAGAAUCCGAUCAAGAAUCAAGUUUGGAUCCAGACACUGAAGUAAAGAUUGGUCUUUUCAAAGAAUUUGAAGUCUCAAUUACUUCAAGCAGAGAGAGAAAUGCAAAUCCUACGAAUAUCGAAGAGUCAAAAACAGGGAUGGUACGGCCUUCGAUACUUACAAGGUGUAAAUCUGAACCGGCAAGAACCGGAGAGAUGCUUGAUCCAGAGAUGAGUUUCUGGAAGAAGAGAAGGUUGGGGUUCACAUAG